AUGGAUAAAGUGUUUUUAAUUUUUUUAAUAGUCAUUCAACUAUUUUGUGUUUAUUCUUACACGACAAUAAAUAGAUAUAACAAUAGGGAAUGCACGUUAAAUCCAGGACUGGUAGAAGAAAUAGCAUCAUACAGAAAUAUAGCGAAAAGAAUCAUGUAUGAGAUCUUAAAUAACACAAUGGGUGAAUCGAUGUAUAAUGAAUAUACAUACUUUAUUGACAAAUUUGGAGCUCGACCAUCUGGUACUCAUGUGUUAGAAAAAGCAAUAGAUCACAUGUUCAACCUAACGAUAAGACAUGGUCUUAAAACUGUUUCCACAGAAGACGUUCAGGUACCGCACUGGACGCGUGGCUAUGAAACUGCAAUGAUGAUACGACCUCGCAUAAAACCAAUAACUAUCUUAGGACUUGGUCCAACUGUCAAUACUUCUAAUGAAGGAAUCACUGCAGAAGUCAUUGUCAUACGUAGUUUCGAAGAGUUAAACAAAAUUGAUGAAAAUAUUAUAAAAGGAAAGAUUGUUGUAUUUGACGCUCACUAUUCUUCUUAUGGUGAAACUGUGGCAUAUAGGGUAAACGGCGCUUCAAAGGCUUCAGAAAAAGGUGCUGUAGCAUCACUUAUAAGAAGCGUUACACCAUUUUCAUUAUACACACCUCAUACUGGUUCACAAAGGUAUGGUGAAAAUGUCACUAAAAUACCCACUGCAGCUAUAACCCAUGAGGAUGCAGAUUUAAUGAGAAGGUUUCAAGAUCAGGGUCUCAGCAUUGUUUUAAAUAUAAGUAUGUUUAGCACGUUUGAUUUAAAAAUUUCUAGAAAUACAUUGGUUGAUCUAGUGGGUCGCGAAGAUCCAAAUAAAUUAGUAAUAGUAUCAGGGCAUAUUGAUAGUUGGGAUGUUGGUCAAGGUGCAAUGGAUGAUGGCGGCGGUAUGUUUAUAAGUUGGUAUGUGCCAGUUGUUCUGAAUAAACUGAAAUUAAAACCUAGGAGAACGUUACGAGCAAUAUUAUGGACAUCAGAAGAACCUGGUCUUGUUGGAGCUAUUGCAUACUUAAAGAAACAUAAACAUGAACUUUCUGAUAUAAAUUUUAUAAUGGAAUCAGAUGAAGGAACUUUUAAGCCAUUGGGCUUAGAUGUCGCUGGAUCAGAUAAUGCUCGUUGUAUUGUAGCUGAAGUAUUAAAGUUAUUUACACCAAUCGAUAAAAUGAAAGUUAGUAAAAGUGUUGGUUCCGAUAUUACCAUUUUUAAUAAUGAAGGCAUACCUGGAGCUUCACUAUUAAAUCAAAAUGAUCGAUACUUUUGGUAUCAUCACUCAAAUGCAGAUACAAUGGACGUACAAAAUAAAGAAAAUGUUGUAGAAUGUGCUGCAUUCUGGGCAGCGUUAUCAUAUAUCAUUUCCGAUUUGUCGAUAGAUAUUCCCCGAAUUUAA